AUGAAGAAAAAUAAGGAUAUGGAAGAAGCAGAAUUUAUUAAAGCUAUUGGUAAAUGUAUAUAUCUUUCAAGAACUGGUACCUUUUGACGUUGUCUCUUCUCGGUUUGUCUCCUAGUUCUCUUCGAUUGUGACGAUGCAGAUACGUUAGAAACGCUAGCGCUGGUCGUAGGCUUGUCAAGCGUUGGUAAACAUUGGGCUUUACGCGCAAACUCGUUUUCUCUGUGUAUCCAAUGCUUUCGAGGAAUUGAGGAGAAUCAUUCAUAUGACUUCUCGGCAAAAUGA